AGUUGUAUCUUAAUGGGUGUUGGUUGGUCUUCUCAAAAGUUGUAUCCUUAUUUCCCACAAGUUGGUCAGCUUAAGUCUGAUUCUGAUUAUGAGGAGAAGUAAGCCUUGUCAGAUUUGUGACAAAAAUGAGGAGUUAGAUGAGCAUUGGAGGAGCAGAUUAAGGGGGAGCAUAUUGAUUUUUUGGAAUUGUGAAAUUUAGAGAGAGUUUUAAUAAGUGUGUUGCUAAGGGGGAGUUGAAUAAAUUUUUUAAUGUUGUUUUGUUUAAGAUAGUUUAAUAUUAAGGGGGAGAACUAAAUUCUGGUUUGCAAAAAUUAUUAUAGAAACUUUUACCUGAUGGUUGAUUUCAUUUAAGUUUAUUUUUGCUGGACAUAAUUUUGAUAUUGGACUUGAAUAUACUUAGAUUUUGAAUUAGAUUUUAAAUCUCGUGAAUUUUGAGAGUACUAAUCUUAAUCACUAUUCUAUGUUAGUAUUUUUUAUUCUUAAUUAUUUGCUAGGAAUUUUACUCGGUUUCUUAGUUUGCUGAUUGUGUUUUGAAGGUUUCUAUUACAUUCAUCAAUGUUGAUUUAGUCACCAAUUAGCCAAAAGGAGAGACUGUAGAUAACCCAUAUAUCAAGAUUUUUGUAUUAUUCUACGGGAACAUUUGAGUAAUUUCACCAUGUGAUCCAACGGAUCUGACAAGUCGCACCAAGCAACUUUAAUGACCAAAUGUUCAGCAGCCACUUCACGGGGUCAACAUGGACUUAGGGUGGUAUAUCGUAAAGCCUUACUGGAAGCUCUGGCAGAAGAAGUGCCAAUUGACUCCAUCCGUUUCUCUUCUAAGCUCAAGUCCAUUGAAAACCAAACACAAGAAGGCUCAUCCUUUACUAUCAUUCAUAUGGAGGAUGGAGCUACCAUCAAAGCAAAGGCUCUUAUAGGGUGUGAUGGGGUACACUCGGUUGUGGCACGCUGGUUAGGACUCACUGCGCCAGUCAACUCCGGCCGAUGGGCAGUACGUGGAUUGGUCGUAUUUCCCGAUGGCCAUGGAUUGAACCAUGAAUCCCAACAAUUUGUAACAAUCGGCAAAAGAGCUGGUUUCGCUCCUAUCAAUGAUAACGAGAUCUACUGGUUUCUCGUCUGCAAAUUUUCUUCAAAAGGAGAAGAUCACAUCGCACAUGACCCCGAGAUGAUAAAAGAGAAGUUACUGACAAUCUUGCCAAGGAUUUUCCCCCAUUGUACUUGAGGGUUGUACAGCAUUCAGAUCUCUCGACUCUUACAUGGGCUCCACUGAUGUCUAGGUUUCCAUGGGACUUGAUAUUCAGAAGCUUGA